GACGGUCUCCCGUCUCACUGACGGCCACUGUCCCAGUGCCAGUGGUGGUCCCACAUAAAUGGCGAGCCAGGUUUCGAUAGGUUAGAUUGUUAACUCCUGGAUAAAUGCAAACAGAAACGCUGUUUUGACAGCUAUGGCGAGGUACUCCAGCGAUUCGGAUUCGGACCACAGUAGCAGAUACCGAAGGAAACGAAAUCGAAAGUCGAGGUCUAGCAGCUCGGACAGCAGUGAGUCCUCGCCGCAUCGAAGGAGGCCGUCGAAACACUCGAAAACAAAGCGCAAACACCGCUCGCACUCGAGGAGCAGAGGAAGAGAUCGGAAUACGAAAAGUCACAAAGGAUCCAGGAGCAGUCACUCACGAGAUCGGGACAAGCGGCAUUACCGCUCCAGCACGGGCAGAUCGUACUCUUCGGAUCGUUCGAGACGAAAAGCUAGAUCCACAUCCAGAGAGAAGUCACGGAGCCCUUCCAGCAGUUCGCAGUCAAAUCAAGCAAAAGUUACAGAGAAGAUCCGAGUCGUAACGAUAAAAGACGAUUUCCCCAUUGAGCCACGUUUCAAGGACAGCGUACUCGAGGAGAUAAACGCCGAAGGUUUCACUCCCAAGCAGUUCACUUCGUCUGCUAACAAGGAGAGCAAAUUAAAAAAUAUCGUGAUAGACAUUACUUCGGAUACCAUACAAAUUCCACCGGUAUCUAAUGUUGCCAGCGGUCCAGACAGCAUAUUUCACACAUCGAUUAUAAUGGAUCAAGAAGCGAGAUUCGAUAAAUGGGUGAAAAAGCUUUACACUCUUAGACAGAAAGCCAUAGCCGACUUGGCACAUACAAAUGUUGCUUAAUUUAAGACUACUAUGUUAUUUAAUCUAAGACGUGUAUUUUUUUGUACUAUUACACAAUUAUAGUAUGCGCAAUUUAUGAAAUUAUAUAAUAUGCGAAAAAUAUAAAAGUAAUUAAAUUUUUAUCAAUAAUUUAACAAUUUGACGACAGAUAAAAAAAAGUAAAGAGCAUUUUUGUGAAAUAUAAACCUUGGAGAAAUAUAAAUCUUUUCGUAUAUCCAUCUUUGGCUUUAGCAAAACUUCGAUAAAAAAGAAACCAUUAAGAUAUUCGGUCGCACCUGACAUUCAUAUGUAUCAUUUAUUUUCUUGUCAGACUUUACAAUUAAUGUCGCGUACAGUUUUACAAAUUUGGUUUUUUUUUAACGCUAUGAAGCUAAGGAAACUUCUCAAACUUAUGAAGAUAUAAAUAGUGGCUAUAGGAACUUAACUACAAUCACACGAAAUGUGACAGUGAAUCGUGUAACAAUUCUAUAAUAAAGUUUUUCUUGCGCAGACAAAAUUACGCGUCGUCGUGGAAUUAACAGAAGCUAAUUGAUAUUAACAAGAUAUUUCUUUCCCCACUUGAAAAUCGGUGGUGGAACUCUAAUCAUUACGCUAUUUAUUGCCACCAAUGUUUAAUCUCUACGUCUACGGACAUUUAAAACGACGUGUACGCGCCGCAUAUUUAUACAUUUGCGUGUUUGUUUAUUGCAGAGUUGAUAAUACAAGCAAGAGUACAUAAUACAAAUAAUAAUAUAUACUAUAUAUAAAUAAUACAAAGAAUUAUAUAUGUUCAGGCACUCGGUCCAUAACACAUAAUCUGUGCAUAUAUUAAUACGUACGUAUUUUUUUUCAUCUCGGCAAUUUGUUUGCAAAAAGAAUAAGUCCUUUCUAUGUGAGUAUUAAAGAAUUAAGCCUUUCUUAUAAUUGAUUUGGAAAUACAUUUUCAUAUAUUACAA